UAUUUUUAAUUUCAUGAUGAUACCGCUUUUAUUGCUAUCAAAUUCAAAGCUUGAAUUUAAUUAUAUUAACAGUGAAUUAAAAUUUUUCAAAUGUUGAUUUCGGUGCAAUUCUACAUCAGAUAUCUUAUGAUUAACAAAAAUCAUCUCUCCGCCGUUGAUAUUGCUAAAAAUAGUGAAUCUCAUUUCAACAUAAAUUGCCAUGAAAAAAUUAGUUAGCUGAUUAAACCAACGCUUUUGGGUUUUAUAUUUUCCACUGUGUUCGAAUGGAGUUUCUUUAUACUCUAAAUGUGUUAUUGUGAGGUUUAACCUAACCUGUAAAGAUAUUUAAUUUGUAAAUAACUACUAUCACUGAUUGAAAGGCUACCACCAUAAGGUGAAUGUUUUUUUUCUGUAUAGGUAUUUGGGAUGGCAAUCAGACUGAUAACUGGUCGAAAGAAACGACUGAUAGCAAUUCUAAUUUUCAUUGGACUACUAUAUUUAUUGGUCACCCUCUUAACGUCUUCAAGCGCGAACAAAGCUAUUUUAACGUGUAACUAUGGCCCUGAAACUCAAGAUGCAUUACAUGAUCUGUUGAUAAGAACCAAAGAAAGUUUAGAUUCACUGGGAUUAACUUACUUUCUGUGUUAUAAUUCAUUAUGGGGAGCACUCAAGAUGGGAACUGUAUUACCGUGGGUUAAUUAUCUGGAAAUUUGUACAAUCAAUGAUGAACUCUCUCGGAUGGAUGAAGCAUUCAUUUUCCGUAUCUUUAAAAGCCAGCAUCUCAGGAUGAGUUAUAUUUCAUCGGAGGGAGUAUACUUGGUCCAUGAUGAAACAGUUAAUGAACCUGAGAUUAAAUUGGUUUUGUUUGAAAAAGAUUCAGUGACUAGUCAAUAUCGUCGAGUUGGCUGGAGAAAUAGAUUGGUUCCUCCGAAUUCUUGUGCAGCCAUUCAUUGUUUUCCACCUAUGUUAAUAGAAAAACCAUUGCCAGUAUCAACAUUACUAAAUAUUGAAAUUUCUGUACCCAGAGAAAAAGAAGAAAUUCAGAAAUAUUUAUUCCCAGAUGAUUGGUGGAAAGAUAUUGAACCAGAAAAAUGUAAGACAGAGAAUCACUAAAAAUUCAUCUUUUUCAAGUUUUGAUGAAUCCAUGUAUACAAAUCGAUGACAAGAUGCCUUAAUCGAGAUGUAAAUCGUUCAAUAAGUUGAUUUUAAUCAUUAUUUACCUCACGAUCAAAGUUAAUUAUCAAUCAAGUAAACAUAUGUAUUGAAAUUGUUUGAACAAACUGCCAAUAUAUUAUAAUGUAAUGAGAAUGCAUAAAAUUUUUUGAGUAAAAAUUGUGAAUUUUAUAAAA